AUGAACACAACGUACUGGCCACCAGCAUCCAUCUUCCAGCCAGCCCUACCACCGCACUGCUCCCCAACAAACGAUUUUUUUCUCCACGUGAGCUCAAUCCUCCACGUCUGCAUCCCGACUCCUCUCGCCUUCCUCUCCAAUGCUCUUGGCAUAGUCAGCAUCUUCGGCUGGCUGUUCGCCCAACUACCCCAGAUUUACAAGAACUGGAGCGUUUCUAGCACGUCUGGCCUAUCGUUCUACUUCCUCCUCGAGUGGUGCUUGGGCGAUGCUUGCAAUUUAUUAGGAGCCAUUUUCACCCAUCAGGCUUCGUGGCAGGUGGCGAUUGGGUCAUACUAUGUGUUUGUCGAUCUGUGCUUGGUCGGACAAUGGCUGUGGUAUGAGAAGUUGAGGCAUGGCAACCGAAUGAGAAAGGUUGGAAAGAGAAAGGAACCAACUACACCUCGCAUCAUCUUCCGCCAACCCACAUUCCACCAAACCCACCACGCCGAGCACGAAAAAAACCACUCCUUCACAGCAAGUACACCAACCACAAUCUACCGAGCGGGAGGCUCCUCAUUCCCCACCCCCUCCCCACGAACCCUCCUCCUAAUCGCCUGCCUAACCGCAAUGGCUCAAGCAUCCCCCCUCCACCAAACCGCCCCCCUCCACCCCUCACAAUCCCCUCCCCCAACCCCCUCCGAAACAGCCGGCACAAUCCUCGCCUGGACCUCCACAGCCCUCUAUCUCGCCUCGCGCCUCCCGCAACUCCUCAAAAACUGGCGCCGCCAAUCAACCGCCGGCCUAAGCCCACAACUCUUCGCCGCCGCCUUCAGCGGAAACCUCUUCUACUCCCUCGCUCUCCUUACGAAUCCUCGCGCGUGGUACGAUUUCAGACCUUACGGCGGGAACGGCUGGGUGGGGAGUGGCGGUAGUGAGCGCAAGCAGUGGAUUGCCGCUGCGUUGCCUUUUUUCCUUGGGGCGGCGGGCGUGUUGGGGUUGGAUGCUAGUGUGGGAUUGCAGUUUGUUAUGUAUGGUGGGGAGGAGGGGGGACCUGUGGUUGUUGUUGAGGAGGGGAAAGUGAGGAGGUGGAGGAGGGUUAGUGGGUGGAUGAGGGGGUGGAUGCCGAGGGGGAGUGAGGAUCUACGGGAGCAGAGGCCUUUGCUUGCGCAGGCAGGAGAGGCCUAUGGCACAUGA